UCCUAUAGUGGAGUGGAGGCGUAUUUGCAGGAUAAAACCCGUUCGCUCUGGCAGAAGGACGUCGUUCAUACUGUAACAUCUGCUAGAUGACUGAUAACCAGGAACACAGCGUCGUGUUUUAAGCGUUGGUAGCACAAUAUCCCCAAUUACAAGACGCUACCUAUGUGACAACCUGUCGGCAAAUGUAUAUUUAAAAAAAUGAUCGCGCAUUGCCAUUAAUUAUCACAUACAUAGGCUACAACUUAAGUUCUGCGACCAUAAUCCCAUUUCGGACGUUGGAUUUUCAUCUGCUAUCAUGGACGAGGACAAUCAAGUACCUGAGGACCUCUCCUUGGAAGAAAGGGAUGAGUUGUCCAACAUACGGAGGAGGAAAAAAGAGUUAAUGGACGACAUUGAGAGGUUGAAGUUCGAGAUUGCUGAGGUGAUGACUGAAAUUGAGCAGCUAACCUGUGUGGGGGAGAGCAAAACAACUCAGAGAAACAAACAGAUUGCUAUGGGGAGAAAGAAGUUUAAUAUGGACCCCAAGAAGGGGAUACAGUUCCUCCUGGAGAACGACCUUCUACAGCACACGCCCGAGGACAUAGCACAGUUCCUUUACAAGGGUGAGGGCCUCAACAAAACAGUCAUUGGAGACUACCUAGGAGAACGUGAUGACUUCAACAUCAAAGUCCUGCACGCUUUUGUGGAGCUUCAUGAGUUCUCAGACCUUAACCUUGUACAAGCUUUAAGGCAAUUUCUGUGGAGCUUCAGACUCCCAGGCGAGGCCCAGAAGAUCGACCGCAUGAUGGAGGCCUUUGCCUCCAGGUAUUGCCAAUGCAACCCAGGCGUCUUCCAGUCCACAGACACGUGUUACGUGCUGUCUUUUGCCAUCAUCAUGCUGAACACCAGCCUGCACAACCCCAACGUGAGGGACAAGCCCCCUGUGGAGCGCUUCAUCUCCAUGAACAGAGGCAUUAACGAGGGGGGCGACCUGCCCGAGGAGCUGCUCAGGAAUCUGUACGAGAGCAUCAAGAGCGAACCUUUCAAGAUCCCGGAGGAUGAUGGGAACGACCUGACACACACGUUCUUCAACCCAGACAGAGAGGGCUGGCUGCUCAAAUUAGGAGGGCGGGUAAAGACUUGGAAGAGAAGGUGGUUCAUCCUAACUGAUAACUGCCUCUACUACUUUGAGUACACCACAGAUAAGGAGCCUCGAGGCAUCAUUCCUCUGGAAAACCUCAGCAUCAGAGAGGUGGAGGAACCCAGGAAACCAAACUGUUUUGAGCUCUUCAACCCUAACCACAAGGGUCAGGUGAUAAAAGCCUGCAAGACAGAGGCAGACGGACGUGUUGUCGAGGGAAACCACGUAGUGUAUAGGAUAUCGGCGCCCACACCCGAGGAGAAGGAAGAGUGGAUCAAGUCAAUCAAGGCCAGCAUCAGCAGAGAUCCUUUCUACGAUAUGCUGGCCACAAGGAAGAGGAGGAUCGCCAACAAGAAAUGAAGAGGGAACUAUCAGCACUCCUCCAACAUUCCCCUCCUCCAUCACUCCUCCGUCCAUUCUAUCCUUCUGUAACCGAGUUGAACUGGUUAAACUCACUCCUCAGUAGAAAUACCGCCCAUCCAUGCUAUCGAAGAGCUAGCUUUUCGGUUUGCGUACCUGGUUAAAGCAGAGCUUGUAAGAGUUCAAAUCCUGGUGUGGGGAAGAUCAGGAGGAAGCUACACUGACGAGUAGCGCAACUACACCUGUUACACUUCCUGAACAAUCUCCAUGGCUGCCUUACAGCUGGAGAACCCCGGGGCAGGCGACACAGGAGAAGACUGUCACGUAUCAUGGAUCCACUGAUGGACACCAUCAGUUUAUGAUCAUCAGGUCCCAAACGCCAGAGGCUGGCAGUGUGAUGCAGGCUUGCUGUUUUCUACCCCUCCGCCUCCCUCGGUCUUUCUGUAAGCAGCCCCCCCCCUUCCUUGAGCCCUUCACCCCCCCCCCCCCCCCCUUUGUAUUUGUGUGUGUGUGCAUACUGUUUGCAGCAACUGUGUAUGUAAGGCCAUCUUGUGGAAGGUCCUUGGACUGAGAGGUAAACAAAGUGACAGAGUGGUGUCUCUGCUAGCGAACAUACAGAGGUUUGUGUGUUUUAUACAGUUGGUUGGGAAUGAUUCAUAAGGGGAUAUCUAACCAGCUCCUCUUAGUGACAUUGUGACAAUGUCUGAGCGGGAAAGAGAAGGAGAGAGGGGGG